AUGACUCUUGGCCUCAUCGUGUUUUCUUCCAGCUUCCUUGGGCUCUUUGUGGCUGCGGCCUUGGCAUCCCAUUCCUUCUGGGAGUUUCUGUGCGCAAGUCUGCUUUGGCCAGCAGUGCUUCUCUGGCUGAACUGGUGCGUCCUGGUCCCAGGAAAAGGGCCGAAAGGCAGACGACGAUUGGAGACGGCGCUGGGCUGUUUGGGGCUCCUUUUGGCCCCCAUCUGUGUGGAGGCGACGCGGCGUGGGCCUGGGCGAAUCGUUGGAAUCUCGGAAUCCGCAGCGGCGAUCCUCUGCUCAGUACGGGCGCUGCAGCUUUUGGGCCGCCUGGAAGCCGAAGACGAGGCGAAGGCAGCCUGCGAGCAGCGUUCUCCUCCUGGGACGCCUGCCUGGGGACGCUGGCGCCGCUUCUAUCAAAUGGCAUGUCUCAGUUGGCACGACAUGGACCGCGUGAAGGCACUCGACACUCCCAGGGAGCAUCAAAGCCACUACCAGAGCACGCUGAAGGAGCUACUCCUCGCAGCCUUGGGGCUUGCAGCCUGUGCGCUCGCUUUGCACAUCCUGCCCAGCAACUCUGCAUUUGCCAGCAUUGGCUUAGGCAUCGUGAAGCUGUUGAUUUGCGGAUUCGGAGCUGGCAGCGUCGUGUUUGGGUUCUACACCUUUGAUCGCGCCUACUUGUUUCUCCUCUCUUACUUCAACAAGUUGAGUGUGCACUCCAUUUUCGGACCUGUCUUGUGGCAAUCCAGGACCAUCAAAGACUUCUGGAGGCAGUGGAAUCUGCCGGUGCAAAGGAUGCUCUUAAAGGGCGUCUUUGUACCCUUGCGAAACAUGGGCUACUCCAAGGGAUGCUGCGGGUUUUUGGUCUUCCUGGCCUCUGGGCUUGGGCAUGCCUGGCCUUUUUGGUGUGUGGGAGCUCCUUUGUGGCAGACGCUGAUGAUGCUCCUCUUCUUCGUCAUGCAAAGCAUCCCACUUCAGCUGGAGUCCAAAUUGCAGAUCCAAGGCCGAGCCUGGGUCUACUCCGUUGAAGUGCUCCUGUCACCUCUUUUCGUUUGGCCUCUGCUGCACGCCUUUGCUUAG